UUUAAUAACCGAUGCACUUCCACAGCCAUUUAAGUCGCCAUUUAUUCCAUCACAAUAUAGUUUUAGCUCGGAUACAUCAAGUGUUUCCACAUCCUUCUGGGAAAUCUGCAUCAAAACCAAGCUCCUCAGCAGAGAAGUAUGAUAAGGAACAUAAUAUUAUUAGCAUACCAGGUCCAUCAAAAAUGAAUAUAGAGAAUGAACCCGGUGAAAUUAAUAUAAUACCAUUAUCUAGAACGUCAUCUUCAUCAACAAUUACAGCUCCUGAAACUGAAAUUCAUAAAAUUAAUUAUGACAUUACAUUGAGCUCAGCUAAUGAAGCACAUCAAAAGGAUAUACAGAAUGAACUCAGUCAAGUAAUAACAUUAUCUAGAACAUCAUCCGAAUCAACAGUCACAGCUCCUGAAUCUGAAAUGCAUAAAAUUAAUUAUGACAUUACAUUGAGCUCAGCUAAUGAAGCACAUCAAAAGUAA